ACAAUGUCAUAAGCUCCCUUUAAAAAGGGCAAUGUUAGCCGGUCAGAGUUUUGAAAGUUGCAUGUUCGAAUGCUGUAGUGUUCUCUGAACUUAACACGAUAGUAUUUUGGGGAAGCAAGUAGAUUUAGCCGCAUGCAGUCAGUUUAGUUUUGUUGCCUGUAAACUAGGAGUCCAUCGAUCAGGGAGCUUACCUAGCCGUUUGCCAGCAAGUGCAACGUUUUGAAGAGACUUCAAUCCCUACAUUCAACUUGUGGUUUCUGCAUUGGUCAGCUAUGGCCAUAUCGAAGUCUAAAAUAGCGAUAGGACUUUUAGUCGUAGGGAUUUUUGCAGUUGUUUUUGGGACUGUUCUCGUGUUCGUGGGUCCGAUUAUUAUCGACGAUCAAAUAGUGAAGAAUGUAGAAAUCAAUCCCAAAAAUGAACUCUCCUAUACUAUGUGGAAGGACAUUCCUGUACCGUUCUUCAUGUCCAUUUAUUUCUUCAAUGUCCUCAACCCUGAUGAGAUACUGGCAGGAGAGAAGCCCAUGGUUGAGCAAAGAGGUCCAUAUGUGUACAGUGAGAAGCGAUGGAAGGAUAAUAUCACAUUCCACGACAACAAAACAGUGUCUUAUCAAGAAUAUCGGCAAUAUUUCUUUGAGGAGAGCAUGUCUGCAGGCAAUGAAUCUGAUGUGGUCACCAUUCCAAAUAUGUUGGUGCUGGGAGCGUCAGUGAUGAUGGAGAACAUGCCCUUUCCAGUGCGGGUGGUGAUAAGUGCUGCUUUCAGAUCUUUUAAAGAAAGUGCCUUCCUGACUAAAACAGUUGGUGAGCUCAUGUGGGGCUAUGACAGCAAGUUGGUGGACUUCCUCAACAGCUACUUCCCUGGCAUGCUUCCAAUCAAAGGGAAAUUUGGACUCUUCGCUGAGUUUAACAACUCAAACACUGGACUGUUUACUGUCUUUACUGGUCAAGAUGACAUCAGGAAAGUUCACAAAGUGGAUUCUUGGAAUGGAAUGAAGAAUGUGAACUACUGGAAUUCCGAGCAGUGCAACAUGAUCAAUGGAACAGCAGGUCAGAUGUGGCCUCCAUUUAUGACCACAGAAUCCACUUUGCCAUUUUACAGCCCGGAUGCCUGCAGGUCAAUGGAACUGGUUUACCAAAGGCCAGGGAUGAUGAAAGGAAUUCCUGUGUACCGUUUUGUGGCCCCAAGGACUCUUUUUGCCAACGGCUCAGAUUACCCUCCAAAUGAAGGCUUCUGCCCAUGCAGACAGUCGGGUCUUCUCAAUGUUAGCACCUGCAGGCACAAAUCUCCUGUGUUCAUCUCGCACCCUCACUUCUACAAUGCUGACCCUGCUCUGUUGGAGACGGUCACGGGACUUAGCCCUAAUGAGGAGGACCAUGGGCUCUUCAUUGACAUACACCCUGAGACUGGAGUGCCUAUGAAUGUCUCUAUCAAGUUGCAGUUGAAUCUGCUUAUGAAACGGGUCUCAGGAAUAACAGAAACUGGCAAAAUAGCUGAAGUGGUCAUGCCAAUGAUUUGGUUUGGAGAAAGUGGCUACAUUGACGGCCCUGUACUCAACACAUUUCGUACGAACCUGGUGAUUUUACCCAUGGUAAUGGAGUAUAUGCAAUACAUCUUCAUUGGAUUUGGACUGGGGUGUAUCAUCGGAGCUGUGGCUUUAAUACUGAGUGAAAAGAUACAGAAGAAAAGGAGCGCAUGUGGAGUCAUAGAAGACAAGGGGAUAAACAGUAAGAGGACUGGCCCGCCCUGCACAGAUGUGGACGCGAGCACUUUGGACAAUGAAAGAACUCCACUGCUACACAACUCCAAAGACUAGAGUAAUCUGUCUGUUCCCAUUGUACUGUAUUACCCUGCUCCUUCAUCUCUAAGCAAAACCAUGGAAAACUUGUGGUUUGUUCUUGUUUUUUUGUUUGUUUGUUUUGUGAAGUAGAAGAACUUUACCAAGAGCAAAAAAUACUAGCACUUACAACAGAAGUUCAUCGCAAAAUAUUAUUUACACAAUUUUCCCUUUCCCCAAACUAAGUCAGUCAAAGCAUUUUUGCUGGGGCUAUGAGGCAAAUGUAGCCAACAAGUAAUUAACAUCAUACAAACUGGAUGCCUACCUCAUCACACAUUUGCGUAAAACCAUGUCUAGUUAUGUAAUCUCAAAUGGACUUGCCUAUGUGGCUUCUGAUAUGCUUCUAUGUGAAAUCCUGUUAUUUAUAAAAGUGGACCAAAAUAUAUUGCAUAACUAAAACAGUAGCAGCAUCUAUACUGAAGCCUGAGUUUUGUCUGUACUUUUGUACCUAACAACUUUGCACAGUUUGAGGCAAAUGUGUGUUUAGUCUUGCAGUUUGCCUGAUGCUAAUUUAAGGUAAAAGGAAAAUUGUGGUAAACUAUUACUGUAAGGUGAAACUUAAAUGUUUCGCCCAGUUCCCGGUGCAGGUGAUAUUUACAAACUAUGUUUAAGUACUGUUUUAUGCAGGGGUUGUUGUGAAAUGCAUACUGACUCUGAAGUGCUGAGAAAGGUGAAUGAUUAACUUAAAUACUGGUAGAAGUUUCAAUAACAGGAGAUGCACAUUGUUGUUUUAAUUUCUCUCCCAUUACUUUAUUCUCUCCUAGACAGUGCACUUUUUAUAGAUCACUUUAACACCGCUAGCAAUGUUAAACUACAGAGAACUGUACAUACUUUACUAAACACACAGGUUAGUUUUAAAGUUGACAAGUCUUGUUUACAAAAAGAUAAGUAACUAUAAAUCUUUACCAUGGAACUGUAAUUGUUAAUGUUCUUGGAAUAUACUAUGCCGUAAUAUAAUUGUAUUACAUACUCGUGCUCUGCACAACAGUUGCUACCUGUGGCAUAAACCAGAAGUAUUAAUUACUUAAUUAAUUAAUCCACAGCCAGAAAGAAAAGUAGUCAUGUGAAAUAAACAUCAAAAUAUUCAGUGAACUGCUCAUGUACUUGAAUGUACAGAAUAAGAAAUGUACAAUAUUAAAAUAUAGUUGAUUUAUCAUGUCAAUGUGCCUUUGUUUUUGGAUGGUUAUAGCUUGAAUAUGAAAAUAAACUUUUCUACUGAAAUA